AUGUCGACGGGGUCAUCAAGCACCGUUGACGCUAUCAUCAAGGGCAUUUUCUCGGGCAGCCUCACAGAUGCCAAAUACCAGUAUCUGUCGAUUAUCGGUCUGCUGUACCAGGUAGGCAUUAACAUUGCUAUUGGCGCUGGCGCCUUUCUAGUAUUUGUGGUGCUCCGACCGACUAAUGCCCGGGUAUACGCGCGCCGCUACAAGCACAUGAAGGGCAGGCUCACGGGGCAUCCUGGGUGGUGCAGCGGGAUGAACUGUGAAAAUAUGGAAUGGAUGGGGAUCGUGGGGACAGAUGAGCACAGUGUGAGCAGGGCGAGCACAGAGCGAGCAAAGAGCCUGCAUCUACUGUGA